CCAACACUUGAACAAGCAACCUAAUGAUCUAUUUAUCAAAAAGCACACACACUAACAUUAAAUUCGAUUUCUCGCCAUGGCUGUUCCUUUUCUGAGCUCUUCUCUUCAACUCACAGCCACUUCUCCGAUUCUCUUCACCAAGAUAGCAACACCCACAAAUCAAAUCCAAUUCAACCAGAGAUCAACAUCAUGCACACCCACCAAAACCCGUCUCCGUCUCCUCCGCCGUUCCGCCGCCGCCGGCACCGCCGUGGCGCCAGAUCAGACCGAAGGAGGAGGAGGAGAGGUUUUGUUAAAUGUGACGCCUGAGGAGGAGAAAAGUGAGGAGGUGGCGGAUUACGAUUGGACAGAGGAGUGGUAUCCUUUGUACCUCACCAGAGACGUCCCCGACGAUGCACCGCUUGGCCUCACCGUCUUCGACCGCCAAAUUGUUUUGUACAAAGACGGCGAAGGAACACUUCGCUGUUACGAAGAUCGGUGUCCUCAUCGGUUAGCUAAGUUGUCUGAAGGACAAUUGAUUGAUGGAAGGUUGGAAUGUUUGUACCAUGGUUGGCAAUUUGAAGGAGAUGGCAAAUGCGUCAAGAUUCCUCAGCUUCCUGCUAGUGCCAAGAUUCCAAAGGUGGCUUGUGUUAAGACUUACGAGGUUAAAGAUUCGCAGGGAGUUGUAUGGGUUUGGAUGUCAACAAAGACCCCUCCAAAACCGGAAAAGCUUCCUUGGUUUGAGAAUUUCGCAAGACCCGGUUUCUAUGACAUUUCCGGUACUCACGAGCUACCUUAUGACCACUCCAUCCUUCUAGAGAAUCUGAUGGAUCCGGCUCAUGUCCCUAUCUCUCAUGAUAGAACUGAUUUCACUGCUAAAAGAGAAGAUGCUCAGCCUCUGGUCUUUGAGGUCAUAGAGCGAACCAACCGAGGUUUCGCAGGGACUUGGGGACGAGAAAAAGACGGUAAAGGGAGUAACUUACUCCGGUUUGAUGCUCCAUGUGUUCUUCAAAACAAUCGGGAGUUUGUGGGAAAAGAUGGUGUCAAGAACUAUUUUUCAGGGUUGUUUCUUUGUAGACCUACAGGACAAGGGAAGUCUAUGCUUAUUGUUAGGUUCGGUGUCACGAAAAGAUCGCCUUUGGUUCAGGUGUUACCUCUAUGGUUCUGGCAUCAGAACGCAUGUAAGGUCUUUGAACAAGACAUGGGUUUUCUAUCGUCUCAAAACGAGGUUCUGAUGAAGGAGAAAGUACCAACUAAGGAGUUGUAUCUUAACCUCAAGUCAUCAGACACAUGGGUCGCUGAAUAUAGAAAGUGGAUGGACAAAGUUGGUCAUGGUAUGCCUUACCAUUUCGGGCACAGGACAAUCUCUCUCCCUAAGGUCCCUCCUGUAGUGGAACACGCCCCUGCGGGACUCAUUGCAGGUCUCUCCGCUUCUUACCCUGCAAAAGGUGGGAUUGGGACGAUGCACGCUCCAAAUUUGGCUAACCGGUACUUCAGACAUGUGAUCCAUUGUAGAAGCUGCAGCAACGUGAUCAAAUCUUUUGAACUCUGGAAAAACAUCCUCUCUGCCACGGCAGUGGCCUUGACGGCUUUGGCUAUUCUGGUGGUUAGUAGACAGUGGAAGGCUGUACUGUUAGGUUCAGCUGCGUUGUGCUCGGCUGCAGCUUAUGCUUGCUUAACAGCUAUAAAAAUGAACACCAAUAACUUCAUUAGAACACACAGAAGACUAUGAGAAUGUAUAUUGGCGUGUCUCCUCCUAUUCGUACUCUAUGUAUAUCAUGAAAUACCCGUUUUGGUUGUAAACGCAUUAUAAUUCAUCAGGUUCCCAUGUAAUACAGUUAACUGAUUCAAGGUUCUAUGUUCUAAAACUUGA